UCUCCAUGGAGACGAGGCGGCCAAUCAGCGCCGUGGCUUCAGCUCCGCCACGACUACGGCUGGCUCUGGCCGCUCGGGGUUGGGCUGGUUGAAGCCUGAGGGCGGCUGACCGCGAUGCUCAAGGCCAAGAUCCUCUUCGUGGGGCCCUGUGAGAGCGGCAAAAGCGUGCUGGCCAACUUCCUGACGGAGUCCUCCGAGAUCACGGAGCACAGCCCGACCCAGGGAGUGAGGAUCCUGGAAUUCGAGAACCCGCAGGUGACGGGCACCAGCAGAGGUGCAGGCUGUGAGUUCGAGCUGUGGGACUGCGGCGGUGACCCCAAGUUCGAGUCCUGUUGGCCGGCGCUGAUGAAGGACUCGCACGGGGUGGUGAUCGUCUUCAAUGCCGACACGCCCAGCCACCUGAAGGAGAUCGAGACGUGGUAUGCCUGCUUCGUGCAGGGCCAGUUCCUGCCCGACGCGCACUGCCUGCUGGUUGCUCACCACAAGCCGGGCUCGGGCGGCGACAGGGGACACCUGGCCCUGGCGCCGCCCCUCAACAAGCUGAAGUUGGUGCACUCCAACCUGGAGGAUGACCCAGAAGAGAUCCGCUCGGAGUUCAUCAAAUACCUGAAGAACAUCAUCAGCUCCAUGUCCGAGAGCAGAGACCGAGAGGAGAUGUCCAUCAUCACCUAGCGGCCUCUGGGGCAGCUGUGGCCCCCUGUCUGUCCCCCAGGGCUGAGGGGAUGUCCCUUCCUUGCUAGAAGGUCCGGUGCCCUCCAAUCUCUCCCCUCUCUCCCCUGUGUGGUUGAGAAAGGCCUGCUGCUGGGUUCUCCUCCCUUCACCCCAGACCUCAUCAGAGAGCUGGGAAGUGGUGGGGGGCCGGGGGGACUCCCCUCUCCAUGCACAUGUUAAGUUAUAAAAGUUGUGGAACCCUA